AUGGCUGGGGACGGGGGCGUGUCGGUGCUGCUGAACCGGCGCAGCUCGCAGCUGGAGCUGAGCGCCCCGCUGGGCGGCCUGCCGGAGCUGCGCUGCGGGCUGUCGGUGGGCGGCAGGUGGCUGCUGCACCACCGGCUCGGCCUGCCCGACGUCGCCACCGACUGGCUGCUGGCGGGCGGCGACGUGGUGCAGGCGCUGUCGGCGCUGCCGCUGUCGCGCGUGGGCGGCGGCACGCGGCCGCAGUGGGUGGGCGGCAUGGCGCUGCUGCAGGCCGUGGCGUGCGCGCUGCUCGCCCUGCCACACACCACGCACUGGGCGGCGGCCGGCGGCGACCAGCCGGCCAACGCCACGCGCUCGCUUGUCGAGACGCAACUCCUCAUGGCGGACGGGGUGAACGCGACGCUGUGCGGCCAGACCCCUGCAGUGGCGGUGGAGCACCCGUGCUACAUUACCGUGACGCUGCUGGCGAUCCUGCAGCUGGCCCGCGGACUGGGAGGGGCGUCCAGUUUGGUGCACGGGCUCGUCUACCUCGACGACAACGUCGUCUCGGAGGCGGCGCCUGCACUCAUAGGAGCGGUGCUGGCCGUGCAGCAGCUGGGUUUCCGCCUCGGCCACGCCCUGGCCUAUCUCACUACAGGCGGCGCCGAAGACCCCAUCAACGGCUGGUGGAUUGGCUGGACGGUGCUGUCGGUGCUGCUGUGUGUGUGCGGCCUGCUGCUCGUGAUGUUCCCGGCGCGGCUGCCAGCGGCCGCCGUGCGCGACCGGGUGGACCACAUCCUGAGCGAGGCCACCGCCGCCGCGAGGACGUCUCCGCCGGACGGCGCACGCGUGCAGAUCUCCAACAAGCGCUACGUCAUCAGGGAGCCACCGGACACUUCUUUCUGUCCGUCCCUGGGUCGUAUAUUUAGUAAUGCGGUGGCGCUCUGCAAGAUGUUAGCCAUCCUGUUUGCUGUCGCUGCGUUUCUCAACAUGGAGGCUUUCCGGGACAAGUAUCUGGAGUCCAUUUACCACAUUCCGUUGCCCAAAGACUUGUUGCAGGACCCCUGGCUAUCAAGGAUCACGACAAGCCUGCUGGAGCCCGUGGUGUGCGCACUCGUGGUGUCGUGCGCGGGCCUGGUGGUGUCGUGGCGGCAGCCGGGCGCGCGCUGCCUAUCGGGCUGGGUGUGCGCGGCUCUGACCGGCUGCGCAGUGCUGUCGCUGUCGCAACUGUGGCUGGGCUGCCACCAGCUGUCGGUGAGCGGCGAGCGCGACGGCGCCCCCGCAGAGUUCCUGCAGCCCUGCAACUCCGCCUGCCGCUGCUCCAGGGACACAGACUUCGCGCCCGUCUGCAGCGUCACCACCCGCCACACCUACUACUCUGCCUGCCUAGCCGGCUGCACCGAGAUCGGCGCGUACACUGGUGUGAGUCGCUCAGCAGCCUCAGACUAA